AAUUGUUUGGCAUGUAUUUUGAUGUCGAUAACUCAACACAUUAUCGUACCAAAUCACAUGAGUUACCGCUUUUGAUGAUUGCUAACCGCAAAGCAAUCAAAGAAACUUCCAUGUAUGAAUUGCUUAUGCCGUUGAUUGAAGAUUUGAAAAAACUAGAAGUAUGUUUUACCCCCUUCAUAUAUGAAUCAAAUUUUCAGAAACACGGCUUAAGAAUUCCAAGCCGAGACAUCAUCUUAAAAGUCCGCUUAGCUUUCGUGGUUGGCGACAAUUUGGGCGUUGCUGAGCUUUUAGGAUUCAAACAAUGUUUCAAUCAGUAUUUUAUUUGCAGAUUUUGUGGUGCUACUGAUAACGAGAUCAAAAAAGAGUCUCUUAUUUCCGAAAAGGAAUUGAAUAUCAAAAAAUCAAUUUCAUUAUCGGAAGCAUUGGCGAGACGCGAUUUUGGACUUUCAAGAAUAAGCAAGUUUUCAGAACUUGAUAUCAACAUUUUCGCUUUGGCACCACCGGACUUUUUCCACGAUCUUAUUGAAGGAAUUCUUGGAACAAUCACCAGCCCGGACACUACCGUCUUGUUACUUUAUAAGAGUAGCAUUAUUCAGCUACGAUUAACAUUAUUUUAUUAUUAAAUAUUGUUCAAUAUUUAUUCGAUUGAUUCUCACUACAACACGAAUAAAUUGCUUCAAAUAGUGAUGGCCAAAAUAACAAACCAUUUGUUCAUCUAUAGCUAAAAAUUUGGAAAAAACACCAAAUUUUUGAAAUUUUGAUCAAGUUUUUCGAGCAACGGCCUUAUCUUGAAUAGCUUAUCGCGUUCUCCGGACG